UCUGGGACUUAAAAGGAGAGGGAAAGAGAUACAAAGCUAAGGGGAGAUCACUAAAAGGUCAUUCAUGUGGGAGGCGAUAUGAAAUUACCAAGCCCAGGACCAAAUUUUGCUUCAUGUGGUAAACAACACUUCCUGCUGCCACCUGCAUUUAGGGGCUGAGGUGCCGUGGCCUACCCAGCCCGCUAAAACACUUAAGAAGAAGAACAGCCCACCACAGGACUGACCACACCCACAGACUAACACUGAAAGACCGGGCAAUGGCUCCCUCACCCCUGCCAUCGCCUUCCAAGUCCUCAAGCACACAGUGAUUUUUCUUAUAAGUCUUGCUAGCGAUAGUUUAUUAUAGAGAAGAAAGCUGAAUAAUGUAAUGUCAUGGAAAAGGAAAGUGUGUGAAUAACCGGAAGAGAGGAUCAAGAGGAGGAGGACCUGCGAAGCGAUACAGGUCAAAAAGAAGGACAUAGGGAAACUGCAAGAGGCCGGGUGGCCUACACAGGGCAGCUCCAGAAUCCCCCCCAAAAAAGAAGAAAAGGAAGCCCCCAGCCCCCACCCUGCAGGCACAUCAUAUCACCAACAGCCCUUAGCAACUUGAACCUCUGGAGCUGUAGCGGCUGUGGUUUUAUGGUCCACGCAGCCCCCUAGGACACUGAAGAAGAAGAAUGCAAUACAUGCUGGCAGCCUGAAACAUCUUGCACUCACUCCCUGAUGUGAUUUUUUGGGAGACAUGAGUUCUUCAGGUUUUAUGAGUGGGGAGGAGUUACUUAGAGCCAGAAACCGUGAUCAGUCUUUGUUGCCAAGUGGAGAAAAAGUGGACGAGGCCGUGGAGUCAUGGCUGGAAGACACGAUGGUGGAGUCUCGCCUACGGGAGCACCACAACCUCUUACGGGAGCCCAAGGUUGCCAGGAAAGACCAGUUAACAUCAGGAGAGUGGCUGCCAGAGUCCCAGAUGGUGAAGGUGGCUCGUCCAGGCAAGUUUUGGCACCAUAUGGGAGUCGAGACUGACAUUGGCAAGUGUUUGUACCCUGAGGAAGCUGUUUAUCUCAUUGAUACGGGGGAACUUGAAGUAGUAUAUGAUGGGCUUCCCCUGAGCCUGCAGCAGGCCCAGGCACUUCUGCUGCAAGAUAGGCACCACCUGGAGCAAUAUUUUGUGUACUCCCACCUCUCCCGCACUGGCUGCAAGGUGGUGCAACAUCAGCCUCACCUCGUCUUUACAAAAUAUGAAAAGGACAUAAGACUGGACCAGCAUCAGACAAGUAAGAAGGGGGUCAAACUAAAGCUUGGAUCUGAUAAUGACUCACCACAGAAUGCUCCACAGUCCCAGCCAGUUGAUGCUGCCCUGGAGGAGCUGUAUGCCUGUCUUGGUGACGCUGCAGUGAAUCCUCUCAUGGUGGGGAAGGACGAGGUCAGCUCUUCGGUCAAGUCAACCACCAUCACUGCUGAAGACAAAAAAGAAAGUAGAAAAAAGGCUUCCAAUUGUGAUAAAGAAGCCUUGAGCCCUCAUGAAGUGCGGCGUAGGGAAUUGAUUGAGAUGUUCCCUACCAUGAGUGGUCAGGAUGUUAUGUUUGUAGAUGUAGAGCCUGCAGAACUGCUCCCCAAGAAUUCUGUCCCCUCAAGAAAUAGGUAUAAGAUAUCCAUAGAGGCUCUGGAAUACUACAGCGUAUAUGACACAAGGCACCACUACCACUACCAGGGGAACAUACAGAGACACAGAAACUGGAACAAACAGGACCAAUGGAAUCGCUCCAGAAAUGGAAGAUGGGGCUCAGACUCAGAAAGGCCUAAUUGGCGCUCAAGAGAUGACUACAGUGAGCGUGGCAACAGGUGGCAACAACACUCCCAACCACAGUGGGACUCCCAUGAUAGGCGGAGAGAGGAAAGGAGUGACAGAUGGGGCCCUGCAAAUGAUUCCAACUGGAGGCAUCACAGCAAUUCAAAUUCUGAUAUGGGGUACAGGGACAGACAUGGUGAUUCAGGGCACAGCAAGGAGUUCAGUGACUGGCAUGGUGAUUAUGGUGACAGUUACCAGUCUCAGCACGAGGAGGAUGACAUCGACUACAGUGUGUGGCCAGAAUGGAAGAGGAAGCGCAGACCAAUGUUUAGGCAGCAGGGGAGAGAGGGAUUCCCAAGUGCACUAGUCAGGCUUGGAACAAAGGUUAGUUCAUGGAAGGAGUACAAGCGUGAAGUGGCUGAGAGGAAAGCAAAGAAGGAGCUUACUGAGGGCGGCACUCGAGUCCUGUGGGAAGGUCGUACAACCCCACUCUUCAAUCCUCACAUCAACCCGUCACCAGCACCUUCCGUUUCAGCCAACACCUUUUCCACCACAUUGCUAUCGUCCUGCAAUCUAGAUGCUGCAGUCACUGAUGUGGGUGUCUUUAAAAACAUAAUCCCCCAGGAGGCUCAGCUGAAGGUGGUUUAUGAUGUCUACCUUCCCACAGUGGCCUACAAGAAGUCCAACCCUCCAAUACCCAGCAAAAGAGUGGCAGUCAUGAGGGAUGGUGCCAUGCCUAGCCCUGGCCAGAUCCUGGAGGUGUCUAGUCGCUUCGUUGACAAUGUAGCCGUGGCAUGUGCUGUGGUGACAGGCGGUGAGGUGCGGCUGUACACCUUCACCCCCAUGAACCUGCCCUCGCCCCAGCCAUACACCAGCUGAGGAAGGACUAAUUUGAUGAUUCUGUUAGGGAGGUGCAGUGUUUCAAUAUGCUCUAAGGAAACAAAAAAGGUAGAUGGUCCAGUCCUGCACUUCUCCUAUAAACCUUCCAAAGCCAUACAGCAGCUGAGGGAGGAACAGGUUAUAUUUGUGUUAGGGAAGGUGUAGUAGUGGUGACUGGAAAAGAUUAAAUCAGGAAAAUAUCCAUGUGGAUGCUGUGGAAAGGGAGUAGGUGUAAAUUCUGUCUUGUGCACAUGUUGCAGGCAGUGGUGCUGCCUUAGAUGCUCAGGCCUCAGAAAUGUAAGAGGAGUGCAGAAUUUUAUAUGCCCAGCUUGCGUAAGGAGACAGCAAGGACAAGAAACUGAGAGGGAUGAACUAAAGGUGAAUGGAGGAAAGCUGGAUGAGGUAGAACAUUUCUGUUAUUUGGAAGAUGUUCUGGACUGUGAGGCAGGAGUGGAGAGGACAGUGAGAGCGAGAGUGGUGGCAACGUGGUUAAAGUGGAGGGAGGUGGCUAGUCUGCUCAUGAAUCAUUGCAUCCCUCUAAAGAGCAAAGCAGGGGUGUACCAAGCGUGUAUUAGAUCAGUGAUGUUGUAUGGAGCAGAAACAUGGGCUCUAACUAGAAAAUUGAUGGAGGUAUUGAGAGCUAGUGAUCGAAGAAUGCUGAGGUAUAUGGUGGGGAUCAGGUGGCAAGAUAGGGUGUUCAGUGCAGAUGUAGCUAACAUGUGGAGUAGCGUACCUGGAAACAGUGCUCAGAAGGGAAAGACUGAUGGUUUGGACAUGUAAAGAGAGCAGGUGAGGAUACAGUGCUGGGAGCUGUGGAGAGGUUAGAGGUAAAAAGGAGACCAGUUGGUAGACCUAGGAAAACAUCGAGAAGUUGUAUACAAGAAGACUUGGCAAUGAUGGGAUUGGAUGAACAUCAGGCAGAAGACAGAGCAGAAUGGAGGAGAGCCAUAAAGUGUCCAAAAAGUCCAAAAAGCUUUUGACCAGGCGUAAAAAGUGAGUUUCUCUGUCUGAUGAGUUGCUACUCAAAGUACAAACAUGUCACAUUUUACAUCAGGUAUCACUUUAUGAGACUACAGUUUAUCUCUCUUUUUGUUUGUUGUUAGUAAUUUUGUCCGAGUGAUGUUUUAAGCACUUUCAUUAUGUUGUAGCUUCAGUCAGUUUGACAAACACCAUGACUGUUGUUUGUAGUGAGGGUGAGUGUGGAGGAUGAAGAUUUUCACUUCAUUCAACAGAGCACAGAUUAGGUGCUCUGAUUAUAGCUGGGAUUCACUUUUUUUCAGAAAUUGAAUAUCUGUAAGGACAAAGACUGUGUGCCUUGAAUUAAUUGAUUUAGUGUUGUUUUCUCAUGUGAUUCAGGUUAUUCACAUGCUUUUGCAACAGGUGUCUCACCUGGUUUAUGGCUAGAACUCAUUCUAGAAAUGUAUACGUAUGCUCAUCAUACAUUAAGUAAUUUUU